AUGGUGAGAAGAUGGCCAGCGCAGAGCCAGUGCCGCGUCCUGAGCGCGGUCUCCUCGACUCACGCCGAACUGGCAGCCAUCUACUUGGCGGCUGAGCUGCUCUACCGGCGGCGCGUUGCCCGGGCGGCCAUCGUCUCGGACUCACGGGCGGCACUGUGCAUGCUGGCCAAGGGGGACCACGCCCACACAUUCGUCCACCGACUCCACCGUAAGCUGGACGACGUUUGCGAGCUGGGAUGCGACCUCGUUUUUCAGUGGGUGCCUUCCCACAUUGGGCUCCCCGGGAACGAGGAAGCAGACCGGCUUGCAAGGGAGGCCCACACCUCGCCGGUGCCCCUGUCGCUCGCCGUGAUGCCCUUCGACGUCGCCCGUCACUCCGUGGCUGGCUACCUGCAGACGAGGCACCCCGACCCUCGCGUCGCCGGCGGCGACCCCCCGAAGCUGCUUCCGCGCAGGGGCUUGAGCCGACAGGAUCGAGCUCUGCUCCUGCGUUUCCGCAUCGGCUACUGCUGGACGGCGGAGCGCAAACACCGACUCUCGGGAAGCGGCUCACCACUCUGUGACAGGUGCGCUGACGUCGAGAACCUCGACCACGUUCUCCUGAGGUGCCCCGCGUAUGCAGCUGAACGCGGCGUACUUGUCACCGCCUACCGUAGCCUCGGUCUGCCGUCCGACAGCACUCGGGCACUCCUGUUCCCGGCGACUCCUACAUCCAUCGCCAGGCGCGCCUUCUCGGCGCUACUAGAUUACUUGGAAGGAACAAACCUUUCCUCGCGGCUGUAA